AUGGCAUCGCGAAUGCUAAUCAUCGACACAUCGGACGAGUUCCAUCCGCUGCUGAAUGCAAGCGACCUGUGCCAGAUACACAGCACGCCACGCUACAUCUUCCUGUUCCUGGUCUCGGUACUCUUCGUGUGCACCCUUGUGGGCAACCUAAGUGCGCUGUAUGUGAAUUCGAGCAGGAAGCUGAGGCCCUUCUUCCGCGCCUGCCUCAUCUCGCUGGCCUGCAGCGACCUCAUGUACUGCAUCAACUUCACCACUUCCAACAUAGCGUUAUUCAGGGCGGACUACCUUGAGUACUGGAUCCUUGGCCCCUUCAUGUGCUACCUUAUCCCGUUUGUCAACACUACCACAGUGCUGUGCAGCAGCUUUAUGCUCGUGGUCAUUGCGCUGGAUCGCUAUAUGUCGAUAAGGCGCGCGGCUGUUGGCAUCUGGACUCCCCACUGGCUACUCUGCGUACUCUGCAUCGGUGGCAUUUGGCUGGCCUGCAUGGGCGUGGCAGUCCCUCUCUUCUUCAUCUACAAGCCGAUCCGCGUUUACAUACAGACCACGGACGAGCUGAUAGUCAGCGAAAUACAGCAGGUGACGAUGUGCGUGGGCAGAAGGACUCAGGUCGGCAUCUACAACGGAGUCUCGCUUAGCCUCGUCUUUGUGCCCUGCAUUGUGGCUUUCAUCUUUCUUCACGUGACGAUUGCGCAGCAGCUGUGGCAGCGCCGCCAUCAGCUGCGCAGCUUGAAAAGGCAGCAGCAGCAGUCGAUGUGGCUUGACUACCCACUGGGUAACCGGGAGACCGCCUACGCCGUAAUGAGCGCCUUCAGCGUGGCAGCCUGCGUUCACACGAGCGCCGCGCAGAUGACGCAGCAGCCGCAGCAAGAGAGAAAGAUGACUCCUGCGGCUGUGGCACGUGUGGCGCGGCAUCGUCGCAUGGUGAAGGUCGUGCUGCUAAUGAUGGGCGCCUUCAUCUGCCUGCGCCUGCCCGCCUGGAUCUUCCUGAUGAUGCGCGUGUACGGGUCGUUCUCCUCGCCCUUGUCCUGGCUGUUCUACUUCAGCUUCGGGCUGCUCAAUUUGACCAGCUGCGCCCUGAAUCCGCUCUUCUACACCUUUCUGCCCCAGACGCUUCGAGUGCUGUCGCAGCUCAAGCUCAUGCUCUGCUGGCUACUCUGCUGCGGACGUGCCGCAAACUUGGAGUCGGACGCUCCCAUGCCCAGCGAGGCGCCAGAGCAGGCGGCUCGUGGUCUUUGCUUUGGCCUCCACGUCACCUGGCGCUGCCAACUGAAGUUGAGGACGCAGCAGACGGUACCCGCAGCCAAAGAGCCAGUCUCUAUCAUAGAGCUGCCAUCCAUUGCCAGCAGCAGCCUCUCUAAGGAAGUCUUCAAGGACCUCAGCAUCUCCCAUGGGCUCUCGCUUCCAUCGCCAGUGUCCAUAAAAUCUCUAGGCUGAGGCGUCAUCAAUCAAAUGUGGCCUGAUGGUAAUGGUGUAUUGAUUAAUUUACAUAUUUGAUUUUACAUAUAUGAGGCCAGGCAAUGAACUGUUGCUGACAGCUCGAAGGGUGCCAGAGAUCAUUCAUUCUGCUGA